AGGUCGCAUGCGCGAUGGGGGAAGGAAGGGGCGGUAGGAAAGGAACUAUGGCAAAUCAUGGACAAACCCGCCGCCACUGAGGAGCAUUUCGGCUUACCUUAUUUUCUCUCCACAAACAUAAAACCAAGUCAAUACAACAUGUCACGAUGGAAUAUUUUAAGCAUGUUGUGAUAUUUUUCAAGAAUACAACAAUGUUGGUGCUGUAGAAGCUUCAACCGACCUGGCACGUAACAGAGGAGCCCCUAGCAGACACACAGACGGCAGAGGCCAGACAGACGGCAUGUCCACUGAUGCACCGGGCCAGCCCUGCCAGAGGGAGAGAAAAGGCAGCUUUUUCAAGCUGAUUGACUCGUUUGCCUGGGAGAUUGGCACCCUGAAGAAGGAGAUGGUACAGAAGGCAGAGCCAGCAGUGAGAGAUCCUGGCACUGUUACACUGCAAGGACUGCAAGGGGAAGUUGCCUGCCUGUUCCAGCGCUCCCCUCCCUCUGCCGGCAUCGGGACGGGCCUGGCGAGGGCCCGGGAUUCGGGCUACGACUCGCUGCACAGACUGAUGAGCGUGCUGGACAGGCUGAUCCAGACGCACGGCGUCUGGCUGCAGCUGGGGCUGAACCACGCUGACGCCACGCGGAUCCUGCAGAGCCAUCCCACCGGGACGUUCCUGGUAAGGAAGUCGACGACCCUGCAGCGGAAGGUGAUAUCGCUGCGCAUGGACCCAGACUCCGAGACACCUGUCCGGGAUUUUCCUGUCAAAGAGAGUCAAUACACGUUCUCCCUGGAGGGAUCUGGCCUCAGCUUUGCAGACCUGUUCCGGCUCGUGGCUUUCUGCUGUAUCAGCAGGGACGUCUUACCUUUUACCCUGAAACUUCCAGAAGCCAUCUCUUCAGCUAAGACCCCAUCAGAUCUAGAAGAGGUGGCCAAGCUUGGAGCAGGAUUCUGGGAUUCUGACAAGAGCCGCCCCAGGACACACUCUGUCUCCUGGUUGUCAGGGGUGAGCGCCCAACCCGCUGAACAGGAUCUCAACUGCCCUCAGGAGACUAGCCACACUACACUAUACUGUCAUGAAACUAAUAACCUCUCCCUACCCCCCCCCCUUCUCUCUUUCUCUUUGUUUCCCUUCCUCUUCCCCCAUACAGACCAGGUUCUGGAGAAGGCCAUGCACAAGUGUGUCCUGAAGCCCCUCAAAGGUGUGGUGGGGUUGGCCCUCCAGGAGUUCCAGGUGCGCUGUGGAGGGUGGCAGGAGCUCAAGGAGAACCUCUCAUUGGCCAAAGCCAGGCAGCCCCGGGAAAUGGGUGUGGCCGAUGCCCUCCCCCCAGACCCAGUUGCCAUAGAGAAGAUCCGCCACAAGUUCCACACCAUGUGCAAGCUGUACUCUCCAGAGAAGAAGGUGACGGUGCUGCUGCGCGUGUGUAAACUCAUCUACACCAUCAUGGAGGACAACUCGGGUCGCCUGUACGGUGCAGAUGAUUUCCUGCCCAUGCUGACGUAUGUGCUGGCUCAGUGUGACAUGCCGCAACUAGACAAUGAGAUCCUCUACAUGAUGGAGCUCCUGGACCCCUCUCUGCUCAAUGGAGAAGGUGGCUACUACCUGACCAGCGCCUACGGGGCCAUGUCCCUGAUCAGGAACUUCCAGGAAGAGCAGGCUGCUCGCAUCCUCAGCUCAGAGACACGCAACACACUCCACCAGUGGCACCGCCGACGCACCACUCAACGCUUGGCGCCCUCUGUGGACGACUUCCAGAACUACCUGAGGGUGGCACUGCAAGAGCUGGACAGCGGCUGCACGGCCAAAACACUGCUGGUGCGCCCUUAUGCCACCACAGAAGAAGUCUGCAAGAUCUGCGCCGAAAAGUUCAAAGUUUCCGACCCGGAGAACUACGCCCUCUUCCUGCUGGCAGAGGGCACCAGUCAGCAGCUGGCCCCCGACACGCACCCCCAGAAGAUCAAAGCCGAGCUCCACAGCCGAGCCCAGUCGACGCCGUUCCACUUCGUCUUUAGAAGAGUGAUAACUCUCAACGAGUCUUCGGCCGCCCCUCUCGACCUCACCCUGAACCUCAAUGAACUUGCCGUGACCUCUGACCUCCAGUCCAACCUCAAUGACCUCACUCUGACCACCUCCAAACCCCACCCCAACCUUAACCUGGGCCUCAGCCCCAGCCUUGGCCUCAGUCUGCCCCCGAACCAGCACAAUGGAAACUCCAUAUCAAUCUGACCCUUUUGAGGCCAGUUGGAAUGUGGAUAUUUUCCACUCACUCCGUUUAAACCUACAUCUCACUGUCCAAUAUGCUUGAACUUGUGUUGACUGGAUCUAACUGGGCUGAAGUAACAUGAAGUGACCUGACAUGGAGCAUGCUGGACUGUGCUGAACCAGGCUGUGCUAAACCAAGCUGGUCUGUCUUCCCCUGUGGGCUACGCUUGUCUUAGUGGACUACCUCGAAAUGGAAAGAUUGGUCUGUGAUCCGAAGGAGAGAGAAGAGGGAAGGAAGGAAACGUGACAGAUGGAGCUGGAAUCAGGGAUUUUAAUUCCGCAUCUAUUUGAGGUUGCUCAACGUGGCGCGUGAGGAAGCCAAGUGAUGACUAACGAGGCUCAGAGCAUGAACUCACCCAGGGAACUGCCAUCAACUUGACUUAAAAACCAUCUGUGUUAUGGCAAACACUUAGUAUGUCUGUCAACCAGCCCCCGGUGACACCUAGAAGACACUGCUAAGUACAGAGGAAGCAGAAAGU